GGUCGUUAGAGAGAGAUACGAUCAUACGUAUCAUCGGUAUCACAAACCACCAACAAAUCUCGAAUCGAGGUCCUUUUCUGGAAUAGAGCUCUAUCUGCUUUUCUGAUUCGUACAAUUGAGGCAAAUGCGAGUUCUCGGCGAGAUCGCGGAGUCACCUUUCUUGAUUUCCCGGCUAAGCCCUAAUUCGACUGCCGCCGGAUAUGGAGGCGGCGCCGGAGGGUUUAUCGGCGGAUGGGUCGGGAAGUGCCAUGGGUUUCUGCAUAACUCGGUUCUGGUUUUAGCAUCUAUCCUAUUCGUCGCUUACUUAGCGUACGAGGCGAAGAAGAGCUUGUCGAAGCUGUCGAACCGGAGAUCUUACAUUAUGAUCGCCUAUUACGGUUUUCUUUGGCUUGUUAGCUUGCUCAAUCUUGCUUGGUGUUGCCUUCAGGCAUGGGAAUGCACUCCUGGGAAAGAAGUAGUUUGGAAUCUAUUAACUUUGUUCACAACAUCUGGAAUGUUGUUUCUGGAAGUAAGCUUGGUGGCCUUUCUCUUCCAAGGAAACUAUGCAAGCGGCGCUGAAGCAUUAACACGAACUUUCCUCAUCUCCGGGCUUGUUAUUGGUCUUGAUUUGCUUCUCAAGGCAAUUUAUCUCUUUGGAUUUGGAGUACCAUUGUUUAUCGACAACAAUGAACACAUACAAAAGUUCAAAUGGGGCUUAUGGGUAAUCCACAAGCUCUUGCUUGCAGGCAUUUAUGGGAUGAUAUUCUUCAUGUACAACUCUAAGUGGAGAGAAAGAUUACCAGCAAGACCUGCGUUCUACAAGUACAUAACUGUCAUGCUCGCCUUAAAUGGGCUUUCCCUAUUUGCAUGUGCUCUUACGGCAAAUGGCGCUCAUUUUGGAUUAUGGUUAUAUGGGAUCACGAGUGUUUGUUACCACGCCUUCUAUCUCCCUCUUUUGUAUGUUACUUUUCUUGCAGACUUUUUCCAGGAGGAAGAUCUGAAUUUGGAGAAUGUCUACUAUUCAGAGAUGAAAGACGCUGGAUUCUUCGACGCCGAUUGGGAAUAAUAAGACGCCUGAAUAGUCUUCUCAAUUCUGUAGAUACAAGGUGAAUAGGAUUGCUUAUAAACCAAGUUAUUGUUGUCACUUUCUUUUAGGGCCUACUCUUGACUUUUGUGUUAAUACCAAAGACUCCCUGUACAUUAUGAUGAUAUAACAUACUUUUCUCUC